AACAUAAAUACGAUGAGAAGAGUAGUAUCAUUAUAUAUAAAAUUAUGACAUACUGAGGGAUUUGAAGCUAUCUGCAACUGAGAACGUCAAGGGCAAAAUCCUGACAUUUUUAACUCGUGCGUGAUAUAUGCUUUUCUUCUCAAUAUAUAUAAAAGAAAGGAAAAAUCGGAUACAGAUUUUGUAAUGUCAUUAAGAAUAAUAUAAAGUUUUUUUUCUGUAGAUUUCAGCAUUUUUUUUACCUCUACAAUGACGUUUAAACCUAAUCCUCAAGUUCAAGUAAAAUACACUAAGAUUUUCAUCAACGAUGAAUGGCAGAACUCGGUGAGUGGGAAAAAGAUUCCUGUUUUUAAUCCAUCAACCAAUGAGAAAAUUUGUGAUGUUGAAGAAGGGGAUAAGGCUGAUGUUGAUAAAGCAGUGGCGUCAGCUAAAACAGCUUUUAAAAAUGGAUCUGUUUGGCGCACGAUGAAUGCAUACGAAAGAGGUAGACUGCUAUCUAAAUUUGCAGAUUUGGUCGAACGAGAUAUGGAAUAUUUAGCAAAUCUCCUGACUUUGGAAAAUGGCAAGCCAUUCAAGCAUGCAGUUAGAGAAAUAAAUUUUUCUCUUGAAACUCUUCGAUAUUAUGCAGGAUGUGCAGAUAAAAUACACGGGAAAACUAUACCUGUCGAUGGAAAUUCAUUUGCUUACACUCGUGUGGAACCAGUUGGGAUAUGUGCUCUUAUUUUAUCAGUAAGUAAAUUAAUACGAUACUCUGUAUUGUUCCAGAUAGGUCGCCAAAUUCAAGAAGCGGUUGGGAAGAGCAAGAACAAGAGAAUGAGUUUCAUUAUGGGAGGAAAUAAUCCAUUGGUUGUAUGCUCAGAUAUAGAAGACUUGGAUGAAGCAGUUCAAAUUGCUCAUCGUGCAAGCUUCUACAAUCAGGGAGAAGGUCAUUGUGCAGGCAAUCGUAUUUUUGUCCAAGAUGGAAUUUAUGACAGUUUUGUUGCAAAAAGUAAAGAAUUGGCUUUAAAACGAGUAGUGGGUGAUCCCUUUGAUGAAAAAACAGAGCAAGGACCACAAAUUGAUGAACUACAACUGAACAAACUUUUAGAGUUCAUUGAGAGCGGAAAGAGAGAAGGAGCAGUUCUUGAAUGCGGAGGUAGUCGAUAUAACACAAAGGGAUACUUCAUGCAGCCUACUAUCUUUUCAAAUGUUCAAGAUCAUAUGCGCUUAACGGAAGUUGAAAUAUUGGGACCUGUAAUGCAGAUUUCCAAGUUCAGUACUUUUGAUGAAGUGAUUGAAAGAUCUAACAGUUAUGGUCAUGGGUUGGCAGCCGGCAUCUUAACAACGGAUUUAAAUAAAGCGACUAUUUAUUCACAACAAGUGCGAGCAGGAUUGAUUUGGAUAAAUUGCUUUUUAAAUUUAUCAGUUCAGGCACCUCUCGGUGGAUUUCAUACUGCUGGUGGAAAAGACUUUGGAGUAGAUGCUAUGAAUUCAUUCAUAGAGACGAAAACAGUGAAUAUGAUGAUUUCUCAGAAGAAGUAGUACACUGGACAAAUAAAAGAGCCUCUCAGUUUAUAAAGAAAAAAAUGUGAAAAUAAUUAAAAAGUAUUUUAAAAGUUGA